CUUGAUGUGACUCUUGACUAACGCUGACCAGAUUUAAAUAGAGCUAAAGUCUAUAAACUUAUGAAAGCAAUAGUACUAUAAUAUAGUUAUACAGGUCACAAUUCUAUGGAAUACAAUUACUGCUUUUUACUGAGCGACGUUUCGACUAGACUUCUCUAGUCUAGUUCAAUUACUAAAUGCCAUUGAAACAGUUUAUAAUAUAUUUCCCCUAUUUCAUGUAAUUUACAUCUGUACAAUAUGAGAGUAAUAUUACUGGUAUUGUUUUUCUAUGGAUGUCUAAUCAGAACAAAUUCACAGGACCAGAUUCGAUAUCCUGAAGAUGCCAGUGUUUAUAUUGGUGGAUUCUUUAAUGUUUACGCCCCAGGACCCAAUGGUUGUUCCAGUACUGUUGAUCCAUAUUCUAUACAGGAAUUUGAAGCUGUAAGGUGGAUCAUAGAUAAAUUAAAUAAUAAUACAUUUUUACCCGGAGGGCAUAAAAUAGGUAUACACGCCUUUAAAACAUGUGGAAUAUCAGAAAGAGCUGUGUCUAGUGCAAUUCAGUUAUCACAGACUUAUAAUAAUGAUAACCAAUCUGCUGUUUUAUUUUCUAUACUUGGUCCAACAUUUAGUUCCGAAACUAAAGAUAUGUCACAUCUGUUCAGCUUUUUGCCAGAGGCAGAUCGCCUGUUGAUGUUGAGUUACGGCGCUACUUCAUCCAAACUUGCGGACCAGUCCGUUUAUAAAAACCUUUACAGAGUUGUUCCACCUGAUUCUGUACAGGUUCAAGUGAUGUUACAGCUUAUGUUAGAAUUAAAAUGGAAUUAUGUUGGAAUAAUUUAUGAAGACAAUGAUUACGGUAAUGAUGCAGCGCAACAGCUCAGAGUAUUGGCAACAGCUAAAGGCAUCUGUAUUCCAGUUUACCAUUCUUUCAAUAGCAUCAACAGUCAGGAAAGCUUUAAAACCUUCCUUAAGGAUGUUCUGGAUCUGAAACUAGGUGGAAUAAUCUAUAUCGGGGAUGAUGGUCUUGUAAAAUCAUUACUGGAGCUGUCCACGUCGAUAAGUCAUGAUACUGAAAUAAUUAUGUCCGAAUCAAAUCGAUUAAGCUCAUAUUACCUCAAAAGAAUAGCCAAUGAAUAUUUUUCCAUAGCUCGAGGUAUGCUUGUAACAAGUGUUCCUAAAAUUGACAUUAAUGAAUUUGAUGAAUAUUGGAGGAACAUCUAUACAAUGAAUUUUAGUCACACUUGGGUAAAUGUUAUACCAAAUAUAGCACAAGAGAUCCCCCAGCAAUCCGUUUAUAUGAAUUAUGCGGUGAAAGGAAUUCUGAUAUUAGCCAAUUUGUUUAAGAAACUUCAACAAAAGACAUGCACGAACGUCAACGAUAUAAUCUGUUCGCAGCUGAGACAAUUGCCCAAGCAGACCUACAUCGAUGAACUGGGCCAAUCCAGAACGAACCUAACCGAAGCAUUUCCAUUUACCGAUCAUAUGUUCUUGAACACAGUAUCACAGGACAUAACCUUUGGGGAAAAUCGAGAAAUCAUCUAUGGUCCCGAGUAUCAAACGUAUGAAAUUUAUAAUUUCCAACAAUGUAAUGGGUUGAAUGACUGUGAAUUUCUUAAGGUCGGUAAUUACAAAGACGAUAUUCUGCAAAUAAACAAAAGUGUUAUACAAAGUUAUCCACUUGGAGAAAACCAAGGACCUUACAAUCAGCAGCCAACUGCCCAAUGUCCUAACGGAACCGACUGUAUAAAAUGUAUUCCGUCUGAUAUAUCUGACCAUGUGAUAUUUGUGGAAGGAGACUGGUAUGUUGUGGCCGUUGUCCCUGUGUUUGUACCUGAUGAAACAAAUACAUUACUCUGCACAAACACGAUAAGAGAUUCUUUAGGAACUGACAUCGCUGAAAGCAUCAAAUUUGCUAUUGAGGAGAUUAACCACCCAAACAACACAUUGAUAUCUUCUAAAAAGAAAGUAGGGUUGAUUGUGAUAAAUGGUUGUGCAUCUGAACUUGUAAUUAAAGACAAAAUGUUACGUUUACACAAAGGAACUUAUCAACUCAGACCCGGAAUGAAAAGUUCAGACAUUAAUCACAGAAUUCUUGGUUAUGUUGGAGGGAUGAGCGGAAGUAUGAGUGCGGCCAUAGCUGAAGUUCUGGCUAAACUUGGUUACGUUCAAGUAUCCUACGCCUCGACCAGCCCACUUCUUAGCGAUAGAACUCUGUAUCCUUACUUUCUGAGAAUACCUACUGCAGACGACCAACAAGCAAAAGUCGUUAUUGAUAUAGUUACCUCCCUUGGUUCAAACAUCAUCCAGGUUAUUUACACCGAGGGUGCCUAUGGAGAAGGUGCUUAUUCCACAUUGGAGAAACUUGGCGAGAACGCGGGCAUAUGCGUUAUAGGUCAUAAAGUUCCUGUAGCCACCGACUACACGUUGUAUAAUGGUUUGCUGGCUAAGUUAAGGGAAACUCCACAAGCUAAGUUAGUGGUGACUUUUGUAAGGUCACAUGUUAUUGAGCAAGUAGUAAAAGCUGUGACUGAGAGAAUGGCGGAAACUGAAUUCAUAUUUAUUGGAUCUGAAACCUGGGGAAGCAGAGAAAGCGUCAUUCCUGAACAGCAACGCAAAGUUUAUGGUUCACUGAGUAUUGCUUUAGAGUUGCCUCCCAUUCCGGCAUUCAUCUCCUAUCUCACCAAGCAAAUUAUCAAUGACCCGUCUGAUCCAUGGCUCCGUCACUUCUUAGAAAACAUGGGAAAGUGCAUAUUCACCGGAAGUUUCCAAAGAGCGGGAAAAGACGAAGUCAUUGGUAAAGCCAGAGAAUGUGACUUAGAAAGUUUAGUGAUGUCACUUUAUGACCAAUGGAUACCAUUUGCUGUGGCCUCAACAAAGGCUUUGGUAAAAGGCUUAGAAAAUGUUCUCAGUUCAACAGAAUGUGGCCAGCCUGCAACGUCGUGCCCUGAACAAAACCCCACUCUGUUGGCAGAAUACAUAAAGAAGAAUGUAAAGUUAGAUUUAUAUGGUAAAGGUAGCCAGGAAAGAGUUUUUGAUGACAAUGGUGAUGGUGUUGUCAAAUAUAAAAUAAUGCAUGUUACUUCAGGAGAAAAACUAUACAAACAGGUUGGGUCAUGGUCCAAAUCACAAGGCAUCAUCUUCAAUAAAGAUUCGUUAUAUUACCCUGUUAAAGAUUAUAAUUCUGUAUGUCUAACAGAUUAUACAUGCAACAAAUGUUUCCCUGACAAGAUGGAGGAAGAAAGUCCUAAGCAGUCAACAGAUGGGAUGAUUCCUGCUAUAGUUGUGUUGGCUGUGCUAACGUGUCUUUUGGGUAUUUCUGUAGUCAUCCUAGCCAUUCAUUGUCAUCGAUCACGUCGUGAUAGACUAUUACAGGAACCACAUUAUGCUGAACCGGAAAACAUAAAGGAGUUCAACAACAGAAAUGAUAAAGGCAGAAAUUCGUCCAAUCAGAUUACUUCAGGUAUGUACUUAGCAGCCCCAUCCAAUAGCGGUACAGGAUCGCACGCUGGUUCUGCAGAGGAUAUGUAUUUAACACCCCAACCACCUCAACCAGAUGAUACCUAUUUAACACCUCAAGCAUGUCGAUCAACAUCAGCACAGUUAUCUAGUAUUUAAUAAUCAAAAACAAGAUGGAGUAGAUCAACAAUCAUGUGAAAACCUUCUGUGGGGGUUUACUUUUCCUAUCUGUAGUGCCUUAUUGUGUUGGUGAAGCCUUUGUAGACUAGAUGUUUGCUGAGAAAGUUUUUCGCGAUUUGUCAAGAUGGCAUUUCACUAACCAGUCUAACAAAAGAAGUGUGGCUGAUCCUUCUGAUCUAAGUAAUAUUUGUUGGACAGAGAUUCGAUAACCAUGAUUUUAGGGCGGAAUGAUCAAGGAAAGAAGCAAAAGAAUAUGUCUUUGAUCAGCUCCCGCUACAAGCCAUGCUAACAUUCACUAUAUAGAAUGUGGUAUACCCCAAGUAUCAAUCACACGGACAUUAUUAUUAUUGUUUUGGUACACGGACAUCUGCAUUUCAAAAUCACUCGUGGUUGCUGCCAUAAAACGACUUGAUUAUAAGUAUCAGUUGCACGAACACGCUGUCUGUGAAUAUUAAAUAUUGAGCUUCUUUUACCAAGAACGAAACUUGUCCCCGAGCGUUGCUGAUCUCCUUACUGUUCUUGUGUUAGGGGCGAGGCUCGUUGAAAGACGCCCAACGGCACCGUCAAUUGAAGUACAAUCUACCUGAAACUUGGCAUGAUUGUUUCUUAGACAAAUGCACAUCCCUUGAAAUUGCGCAUCGAUUUUUGAUAUAAUGCCACCAUUCCAAGAUAGCGGUGAUGAAAUGAAAUGGGAUUUAACGUCCUACUAUUUUGCUCCGAACUGGGCUAAUGAAGACAGGCAUACGCCUUACAGUGUGCUAUGAGGGAAAUUUUGCCCGGAUAGUGGCACUACGGCUUACUCUUAUAUCGAAUUCCAACUGUCAAGGGAUCUUUUACGUGCACGCCAAUGUGUACACGGGACCUCGGUUUUUUCGUCUCAUCCGAAUGACUAGACAGCUGUCCUUGUAUUAUAGCGGUGAUGACACCAUGUUUACUUCGUUUAAAAACGGAAUUCCAAGGAAGUCUCUUUUUUUUUGUUUUUAUGAAGAAGGACAUCCUGAAUAUAAAUUUUAUGAAUCUAUCCUUAUAAUAAUUUAUUAUUUUUACCCGAUAUUUUCAUAUAUUCAUUAAUGUAUAUCUUAUUUAAUGACAAUACCAAAGUAAGGCAGUAUGCCUUCUCAUUAUAGUUAUCGAUUUUAUUAUUUCGUGGAAAACCU